ACACCAUUGCCAACGUCUUUAGCUCCAACUCCCACUGUGUGUGAGACCAGUAGUUCAGCAGAGUGGUAAGUAGUAAACAGAGAUGGAAGGAGGGCCAUGCAAAGGUUUAGGGGAGAUGGGAAAAGGGUCGUAUAGGAGCCUUUCGGGGACAUGGCGGCGAGCCGAGAGUGCCGUGAAUCGCGCCGUCGCCCACAGCCGCGUUGGGAAGUACUUCAAGGUGGAAGCCCGCAAGAGUUCCUUCACCAAGGAGCUCCGUGCCGGCGUCGCUACCUUCCUCACCAUGGCCUACAUCAUCUCCGUCAACGCCGCGAUCCUGGCCGACUCUGGCGGGCCGUGCACGCACCGCGACUGCAGGCAGAUGCAUGUCGCCGCGAACUCUUCCGCCAUGCACGCGCACCAUACCGUCCCCGGACGUGGGUGUGACUUGGACGCUGACGCGGAGUACCAGAAGUGCUUGGCGACGACCAAGAGCGACUUCGUCAUGGCCACCGUCAUCGCCGCUGUGGUCGGCAGCUUUGCGAUGGGUUCCUUCGCCAAUCUGCCGCUGGCAUUGGCCCCCGGCAUGGGGGCCAACGCCUACUUCGCCUACAACAUGGUGGGGUUCCACGGCACCGGGCCGGUGCCGUACGAGACCGCAAUGGCCGCCGUCAUGCUCGAAGGGUGCCUGUUCCUCGCCCUGUCGGUGCUCGGCCUGCGCGCGAAGCUAGCCCGGAUGAUUCCUCGCUCCAUCCGCCUCGCCUCGGCCGCCGGCAUCGGCCUCUUCCUGGCCUUCACCGGCCUCCAAGCCCGUGAGGGGAUAGGGCUCGUCGGGCCGAGCAAGUCGACGUUGGUGACGCUUGCGGCCUGCGCGAGGACUGACGCUGCCACAGGCGAAUGCCUCGGCGGCGUCAUGCGGAGCCCCACGUUCUGGCUCGCCGCCGUGGGCUUCCUCGUCACCGCCGUCUGCCUCUCGAGGAAGGUGAAGGGAAGCAUGAUAUAUGGCAUCGUGAUCGUGACCUUGGUGUCCUGGUUCAGAGGUACCAGCGUCACUGUCUUCCCAGACACCGCGACGGGGAAUUCCAACUACGAGUACUUCAAGAAGGUGGUAGACUUCCACAUGAUCAAGAACACAGCCGGAAAGAUAAGCUUCAGCGGCUUCAACACGAGCCAAGUGUGGCUGGCGGUGGUCACGCUCCUCUACGUCGACGUCCUCGACACGACCGGAUCGAUGUACUCGAUGGCAGAGUACGGGGGGUUCACCGACGAGGAGGGCGGUUUCGAGGGGGAGUACCGCGCGUUCAUCGUCGACGCGAGCGCCACCAUCGUGGGCUCUGCGCUGGGCACCACGACGGUGACGACCUACAUCGAGUCGACCGCGGGGCUCAGGGAGGGUGGCCGCACCGGGCUCACGGCGAUCACGGUAGCGGCUCUGUUCCUGGUGUCGGCCUUCUUCACGCCGCUGCUGACGAACGUGCCGCCGUGGGCGGUCGGGCCGUCGCUGGUGCUGGUGGGGGCGAUGAUGAUGAAGAUGGUGAAGGAGAUCGAGUGGGUGGAGAUGAAGGAGGCGGUGCCGGCGUUCCUGACCAUGAUCCUGAUGCCGCUCACGUACUCGAUUGCGAACGGGAUCAUUGCGGGGGUGGGGUUGCACGCGGCGCUGCAUCUGUACGACAACGUGGUGGGGGUGUGGAGGUGGGUGGCGAAGGCUAGGAAGAUGAUGGGGGAGGCUCAGAAUCAGGUGUCUGCCUCGGCUGCAGACAUGCCUCCCACACCUGUUUGAUAAAUUGUUCUUCCCUUUGGUUAGCAUCAAUGAGUUGGGUUCUUCAGUUGCAUGACAAAGAACUCUCAGCAGUUCUCUCCAUUUGGGAAGGAGAAGGAUGCAUGAAACAGGCUUCAUCUUUCCUUUCUCUCCUUCCUCAUACGAAGAAGGUUGUGUUAAGGCUUAUAAUGCUGUUUAUUCUCUCUC